AUGGGUGUGCGAGAUUCUCACGGGGAGAUCAGUGGGACACCCGACCCUGUCGAGAAGGGCUUUGCCACCCUCAACACCAUCCGGAUCGGUGUCAAGGCUAUGGUUCACAAGGAUGGCGAAUUGAGAAAAGCCGAAAUUCUGUCUAUCAGACAGCGCAAGGAUGGGCCUAGCUUCUAUGUUCACUAUGUGGAUUUCAACAAGCGUCUAGACGAAUGGAUUGAUGCUGCUCGACUCGACCUGGCUCAUGAAGUUGAGUGGCCUCAGCCCGAGAAGCCCGAGAAGAAGAAGGCCGGUGCUGGCAACAAAGCACCCAGCAAAAACAAGCGUGCUAGAGGGGACAGCCGCGAUGUCUCUGCCACUCCAGAUUUGCUCACGGGCAAGAAUGUGAAUGUCGGCAAGGUGCAGCGUCCGUCCAAAGCUGGCGGAAAGGAGAAUCGUGAUGGGACUCCUGUGGCUAUGCCCAUUGUGAGCGCAGACGCUGUCUCUGUGGAUGGAACCCCAAAGGCUGAAGCAGAUGAUGUUGAGAUGAUCGAUGUCAGCUUCUCGGAAGGGAAGGCUAUCAAGGAGGAGGAGAAAGCGUUAGGGCUCAUGUCGCGCGAAGAGGAGAUCGAACGACUGCGGACAAGUGGUAGUAUGACCCAGAACCCGACGGAAAUCCAUCGUGUGCGAAACUUGAACCGUCUGCAAAUGGGAAAAUAUGACGUUGAACCCUGGUACUUCUCGCCCUAUCCUGCCUCGUUCUCUGACGUCGACAUCAUCUACAUCGACGAGUUCUGUCUGAGCUACUUCGACGACAAGCGCGCGUUCGAGCGUCACCGUGCGAAGUGCACGCUUGUCCAUCCGCCUGGUAACGAAAUUUACCGGGAUGACUACAUCUCUUUCUUCGAGGUUGACGGUCGUCGUCAACGCACUUGGUGCCGUAACCUCUGUCUUCUUAGCAAGCUUUUCCUCGACCACAAAACCCUCUACUACGACGUCGACCCUUUCCUUUUCUACUGCAUGUGCACAAGAGACGAGACCGGCUGCCACCUCGUCGGAUACUUUUCUAAGGAAAAAGAUUCCGCGGAAGGCUAUAACUUGGCUUGUAUCCUGACACUACCGCAGUAUCAACGGCGCGGAUUCGGUCGGCUGCUCAUCUCCUUCAGUUAUGAGCUGAGCAAGCGCGAGGGAAAGCUCGGUUCUCCUGAGAAGCCACUUAGUGAUCUUGGUCUGCUGGGUUACCGACAAUACUGGCGGGAGACGCUCGUUAACAUACUCAUGGAGCCUGAACGAGAAGCCAUCAGCGAAAAUGAACUUGCUCUCCUGACCUCGAUGACUGAAAAAGAUGUCCAUGAGACGCUAGUUGUCUUCAACAUGCUCCGAUACCAUAAAGGAAACUGGGUCAUCGUCCUGACCGACUAUGUAGUAGAACAGCACAACAAGCGCCUGGAAAAGGAGAAGGUUAAGGGAGCGCGCAAGAUCGAUCCAGCACGUCUGCAGUGGAAACCCCCCGUGUUCACCGCGUCCAGCCGGACAUGGAACUGGUGA